AUGUCUCUCCAUGCGGUAGCUGUAGCCAGCUACAGCGGGACGGAAGCCUUCAAGCACCCCUGCCCUUUACACCACGAAAGCCUGAAGGUGGCUUUCACCGAGUCGGCGUAUUCUUCAAAUCCCUCAGGGAGGAUUAGCUGCCUUGCUCCAACACCUCAAAUCUCUGUUCUCUCAGAUGAAUACUCAAGGCCAGCAGUGAUUGGACAUGCUGGAAACUUUGGAUCAUACCCAGACAGUGCUGAAGCUAUCAAAGACAUUCUCAUGUCUGUUUUAAAUGCAUCUGGUUUGAAGCCCUCUUUGGUGCUGGAGCAGAACGCAAUGCAGGGAGCUGAGCAUCUGGACAGUGACGUGGAACUGUGGGAAGAAAGCAGCACUGGGGAUAGCCGUGACGACAGUGACAGUGAUUCUGCACAACCCAACGCUGCCUGUACGCAGACAGACAUUCGGUUUAUGAGACACCGGGCGUGCUGGGACAACACAAGCUGCAAUACCUCUAAACCUUCGCUGGAUACGUACGAUCCUGCUGCUUCUUCCUUGAAUGGUUUCACUCUUUCGGACACGUACCCCCCGAAGCGGGACUGCUUUACGCAGGUGACGUUAACAGGAGGCACUGUCACAUCGGCUGUUACGCAUUCUGGAAAAGAACGUUAUACCUCCCCCGAACGAGACUUGACUUUCACAAGGCUUUUUCCUGAUUCAACCGCUGGUAAGCCAGCAGAUCUGUUGAAAUACCCCGAUGUCUUGGAGCCUGCGCCCAUCAGCAACAGUGACGAUUCUCCCAGUGGACUUUCCCCAUCAGAGCCGUUCAGUAGAACAGGUUCUACUUCUCCUUUGAACAUACGUCCUAUACCCUUGAAUCGUUCAUUGCAGGACAUCUGCAUGCUUCCAGAAGAUGUGGAGAAGGAAAACGCGCACUUUUUUGUUGCAGAUAUGAUUAUUGCAUCGCUAGAAAAAAUGAAGUGUAAUAUCCUAAGCCAGCAAGCAGAAUCCUGGAGUGUGGAGGAAACGAGUGGAUCAGAUGGCAGCUAUCACACUGAUUCAGAGUUAUCUUCUUAUCCUGGGGUGAAGAAGUCUGAUUCUUCUGUUGCCUCUUCAGACAGCGGUUAUGAAGGCUGUGCACUGCUGCCUGUCAGCUCCCCAGUGCCUCUACCAUCACAUGAUGAGGUUACCAGAUUUCAUUGCCACAGUGACUCAGAAGAUGAGUAUGUAAUUAUUGAAGUUGAAGACCUUGAAAAUCUGUCUGUCACCCCAGAUGAAAGGUCAUCUUUUGAACCAGGCAGCAAUUCUGCUGAAGCAACCGCCCAGCAGUUGUGCAGAGCUUUCAGAAAACACUGGCUGCAGACAGACUCUGCAGUUCAGCUGUCUGGUUGCCCGAGCUCAUCUAAGCAGAGAUCUGUGCGGAAAGAAGAGAUUCCAAGGGAGCUUGAGUCCAGUUUGAAUCUGGCUGAAGAAAUAAAGAUGAUAUCCAGAUUAAGAGGAUCUUCUGGCUGGGCCCCACCAAGAUCGCAGAUUAUAUUUAAUAUUCACCCUUCAGUCAAGAGAGAUGCAGUGGUGGCUGCCCAAAACUUUACAUGUGUUGGUUGUGGAACCCCAAUAGAAAGCAAAUAUAUCAGGAGACUCCGGUAUUGUGACUACCUGGGGAAAUACUUCUGUGACUGCUGCCACAGCUAUGCCCAGUCUUCCAUUCCUGCCAGAAUACUUCUGAAGUGGGACUUCAAGAAAUACUACGUAUGCAACUUCUCCAAACACCUUCUGGACAGCAUAUGGCAGCACCCAAUUUUCAACGUGUCGUGUGUUAACAAAGCCCUCUAUACGAAAAGUAAAGAAAUGGACAGGGUGAGGGAGAUGCAAGAACAGCUUUUUCAUUUAAAAAAGCUGUUGAAAACCUGCAGGUUUGGUGAAAGUGUACUGAAAGAAUUUGAACAGGUCCCCAGCCAUCUGACAGAGGAGCUGCAUCUCUUCUCACUGGAUGAUCUGGUGAAGAUCAAACGCGGGCAGUUACUUCCCCUUCUUAAAGAUAUUCUGAAGAGUUCCACCUCCCACGUGGAUGGUUGCGAGCUCUGUCAAGCGAAGGGGUUUAUCUGUGAAUUCUGUCAGAGCGCAGAUCUCCUCUUUCCGUAUCAGAUUGCCAAAUGCAGAAGGUGCACAGAGUGCAAAACAUGCUUUCACAAAGCAUGCUUCACGUCUGGAGGCUGCCCCAAAUGUCUGCGGAUCGCAGCUCGGAGGACACUUUCGGAAACUCCGUCACUGGUGCCUGCAUGAAACUGGAUUCCUCUGCCUGCUGAUUUCAAGAGAUGCUCAAAGGCAAAUCUUCAAGUGCCUGACUAAGAAUUA